GCGCGACCUCGCGAUUGGCUGGAGCGCGUUUGUUAUUGGUAGUGACGUAUGUGAAGUGACGACCCUCCCGUUGUGCGGUGCCUCAGUCUGUGCGCUUCUAGAGCCACGGUCCUCACUUCAGUGUUUAUUUGGUUGUCAUGGCGGAGGGACGUGGAGAACUAUUGCCUCAGCCGCCGCUUCACCUCUCCUUACCCCCAGCCAGCAAGCGUCCGUGCUUGCGUCCCGCUCCUCGAGGACCGGGUCCGGGGCCUGGCCCGGGAUUUCCGAACUCUCGUUUCCGUUGCCCGGAAUCUCUACUGGACUGCGCUGCGAAGGCCGUAGCGGAGAAAUGGGCCUUCGAGAGGGUGGAGGAGCGCUUCGAGCGGAUCCCAGAACCGGUUCAGCGCCGUAUCGUGUAUUGGUCGUUCCCGAGGAACGAAAGGGAAAUAUGUAUGUAUUCGUCAUUUCAGUGCCGAGUGGCGGGGGAAGAGGGUCCGGUAGUGGGCUCGAGCUCGUCCGUUGGAUCUAGUACAGUCCCCGGAGGGGUUACGAACACAACAGGCAGCGCAGGGACGGGGGGCACCGGAGAUGGACUGCCUUUCCGCCGGGGAAUCCGGCUUUUGGAAACCGGUUGUGUGGACAACGUCUUACAAGUCGGUUUUCACCUCAGUGGCACAGUCACAGAGCCGGCAAUGCAAUCCGAGCCAGAGACGACGCAUAAGGUGGCCAUCAGCUUCGAUCGCUGUAAGAUCACGUCAGUAACAUGCGGCUGUGGCAACCGAGACAUCUUCUAUUGCGCACACGUGGUGGCGCUGUCCUUAUACCGCAUCCGCAAACCCGAGCAAGUCAAACUGCGGCUGCCCAUCUCAGAGACACUCUUCCAGAUGAACAGAGACCAGCUGCAAAAGCUGGUGCAGUACCUUAUCACAGCCCACCACACAGAAGUGCUGCCCACCGCCCAAAAACUGGCAGAUGAAAUCCUGUCCUCCAACUCUGAGAUCAACCAAGUACAUGGGGCCCCGGAUCCCACAGCAGGGGCCAGUAUUGAUGAUGAGAACUGCUGGCACCUGGAUGAGGAGCAAGUGAGGGAACAGGUCAAGCAGUUCCUCUCUCAGGGAGGAUACUAUGGCUCAGGCAAGCAGCUCAACUCCAUGUUUGCCAAGGUGAGGGAAAUGCUGAGGAUGCGCGACUCAAACGGGGCUCGGAUGCUCACGCUCAUCACGGAGCAGUUCAUGGCUGACCCGCGCCUAUCUCUAUGGCGACAACAGGGCACAGGCAUGACAGACAAAUGCCGACAACUCUGGGAUGAGCUGGGUGCGUUGUGGGUGUGUAUCGUGCUGAACCCGCACUGUAAAAGUGAAGAGAAGAGCGGCUGGCUGAGACAGCUGAAGAAAUGGGGAGACAUGGACAUCUGCCCUCUAGAGGAUGGCAAUUACGGCAGCGAGCUGCCCAACAUCACCAACGCUCUGCCACAGAGCAACCUGGCUCAGGACUCACUGGCCCGGCCUAGAAGAACGGUGUUCACGAGAGCAAUGGAGGCCUGUGACCUGCAUUGGCAGGAUAGUCACUUGCAGAGAAUCAUCAGUAGUGACUUCUACAUGUCCCCGGCUUACCAGAGAGAGGGAGAGAGCCUGCUCUUCAACCCCCAGGGCCUGCCACUGUGGCUGGAUCACGUGCCUACAGCAUGCGCCAGGGUGGAUGCUCUGCGUUCCCAUGGUUACCCCAGAGAAGCCUUGCGACUGGCUGUUGCCAUAAUCAACACCCUCCGGCUCCAACAGCAACGGCAAUUAGACAUAUACAAGCAUCAGAAGAAAGAACUGCUGCAGAGGGGAAUGACCAACACCACCAAUCUGGAGGGCUGGGUGGGCCACCCCCUCGACCCCAUUGGCUGCCUUUUCGCCACUCUCACGGAGACGUGUCGAGUGGAGGAUGACAAUACCAUGGAUACUGGAGAUUCCGGUGAGCCCAAGCCUCCAGUGUACCAGCAUGUACCAGUGUGGGGAUGUCCAGAUGGAGGAGAGUCGUACCUGGCACUGGCACUAGAGGUGGCGCUGAUGGGUAUGGGGCAGCAGCGGCUAAUGCCCGAGGGCCUGUACGCACAGGACAAGGUGUGCCGGAACGAGGAGCAAAUUGUGGCCAAGCUGCAAGAGAUGGAGCUGGAUGACAUAUUAGUGCAGACACUCCGCAAACAAGCCAUCCUCCUUUUAGAAGGUGGUCCCUUCAGUGGUCUUGGGGAGGUCAUCCACAGAGAGAGUGUUCCCAUGCACACGUUUGCCAAGUACCUCUUCACCGCUCUCCUGCCACACGACACAGACCUGGCGUACAAACUGGGCCUUCGUGCAAUGAGGCUUCCAGUACUGGAGUCCACGGCUCCCUCAGGUGACGUAGGACACCCUCACCAUGGCAUCUCCAUAGUGCCCAGCAGAUAUCCACGCUGGUUCACACUGGGCCACCUGGAGUCCCAGCAGUGUGAACUGGCCUCCACCAUGCUUACUGCUGCUAAGGGUGACAUGUUGAGAUUGCGGACUGUUUUGGAGGCUAUUCAGAAGCACAUCCACUCCUCUUCCCUCAUCUUCAAACUGGCCCAGGAUGCCUUUAAGAUCGCUACUCCUGCAGAUAACCCUCCUGACAUCACACUGCUCAAUGUAGCGCUGGAGCUCGGCCUUCAGGUGAUGAGGAUGACUCUGUCCACACUCAACUGGAGGCGGCGGGAGAUGGUUCGCUGGCUUGUCACAUGUGCUACUGAAGUCGGUCUGAGAGCUUUGGUUAGCAUAUUGCAGAGCUGGUACACUCUCUUCACCCCCACCGAAGCGACCAGCAUAGUGGCAGCCACAGUGAUGUCCCACAACACCAUCCUGCGCCUGAGCCUCGACUACCCACAGCGGGAGGAGCUGGCCAGCUGCGCGCGCACCCUGGCCCUGCAGUGCGCCAUGAAGGACCCUCAAAAUUGCGCCUUGUCCGCCCUUACCCUCUGCGAGAAGGACCACAUCGCCUUCGAGACCGCUUACCAGAUAGUCAUCGAUGCCGCCUCCACGGGCAUGACCUACUCUCAGCUCUUCACCAUCGCCCGCUACAUGGAGCACCGCGGCUACCCCCUUCGAGCUUUCAAACUGGCGUCUCUCGCCAUGACCCACUUGAACCUGGCCUACAACCAAGACACGCAUCCGGCCAUCAAUGAUGUGCUGUGGGCUUGUGCUCUCAGCCACUCGCUGGGCAAGAACGAGCUGGCCGCCAUCAUCCCUCUGGUGGUCAAGAGUGUUCACUGCGCCACGGUGCUCUCGGACAUUUUGCGGCGCUGCACAAUGACGGCCCCCGGCCUGGCCGGCAUCCCUGGCAGACGUAACUCAGGCAAGCUUAUGAGCACUGACAAAGCCCCAUUGAGACAGCUACUGGAUGCCACCAUCAGCGCCUACAUCAACACCACCCACUCCCGCCUCACGCACAUCAGCCCGCGCCACUACGGAGAGUUCAUCGAGUUCCUCAGUAAGGCACGUGAGACCUUUCUUUUGGCCCAAGAUGGCCACAUUCAGUUCGCCCAGUUUAUAGACAACCUCAAACAGAUCUAUAAGGGCAAGAAGAAACUCAUGAUGUUGGUACGGGAACGUUUUGGUUGAACCUCGCUUGAUUGCAGGGGCACUUGUUCUUCUUUCAUUCUUCAUUUAUUUAAGGCAUUAUUUUAUUCUUCCUUUUUUUUUUUUUGGUCGUCUUUGGUGAAUGUUUAAGUUUUAUUCAUUUGUUUUGAUCUGUUUUGUCUUGUUUUGUUUUUUUAUUGUGAACAAUUCCUGUUCACCAAGUUAUUCUUACCAGGUCGAACCUGUGGAGGGGAGAACAACAACUGUAAUUAUGACCAUUUAUGUUUUUGUUUUGGCUCGUUCUUGAUUUUGUUUGAUCAAGAUAUUGUGAUAAAAAUGUAAAAGUGGCACAUAAAGAGACACCAAAUGAUUAUGUGGUAAAUUUUGAGCGUGGGGGAGGCGUUUGGUUGGUUUCGAACACUCGAAUCAAAAAGGUCAUUUCUGAAACACUCGCAACGCAGUGUUAUUGUCAUACCUCGAUCAUAUUUUACGGAUCAGCUUUAACUCUCUCUCUGGAAAAGGCCUGAUUUUAAGAGUGAGACGGGCACAUCACCUCAAAUGCUCUGCCGAAUGUUCUAACCACGACUCAAGCAAGCCACAAGACAUGAGCCCUCCCCUCUCUCCUGGAUUUGUUACUAUCGGCUCAUCUUAACCUCUGUUCGAAAAUUUCAGUGCGAGGAAGAUGAUAGCCUGUGUGCUCAAUCCUUCCGUGCUGUUUCCUGGUCUUGCUGAAUAUGAACAAAACAGAGAUAUUUACCCAUCAAUAUCAGCCAUAUAUGUUUCUCUGUUACCUCUCAGUGAAAAACAAAAACAGAAACAAAAAGACUUGUGUGAGAUUGAGUAGCAGUAAUAAUAUAUAUAUAUAUAUGUACUAGCACUUCAUUAAAUUCCAACCCCUACACGACGCAUUCGGAUCAGCAAUUACUUUCGGUGUACAAAUUAGGUGAAUUGUAUAGAUGCAUUUGACAAAAACAGCUACAUUGGCAGAACAAGGAAUUAGCUGGCUUUAAACUGUAUCGUAAUAUCUUCCACAUUCCAUGACCUCUGCCCUCCACAAGUGCCCCAGUGGAUCCGAACACUUAGAAUGCACUCCGCGGCUUCCAUCUGAAGGAAAACGAGAAGAGAGAUGCUCAACUCCGUUCUCAGGGAAUCACUUAAAGGAACAAAACAGAAAA